UCUCUCAAUAAUAAUGAUAUUAACAACAACAACAACAACAACAAUAACAAUAACAACAAUAACCAUGACGACAGUAAUAGAAACAUCAAUAACGACAAUAGUAGUAAUAAUAAUAAUAAUAAUAAUAAUAAUAAUAAUAAUAAUAAUAAUAAUAAUAAUACGAACAAUGUUAACACCUCUGUUGAGGGAACUGCAGUGGUUCAAACUUCUGUACCUGCCGUUCCAUCAUCAACAUCGACUGUCAAUAAAGGUCCAACGUCUACAAUGGCGGCUGCGGUGCUUUCUAUUCGUGAACGUCGUAAUUGGCUUAUUCAUCAACUUUAUAUUCGACAAGAAUACACGGAAUGUCUUUCAAUCAUAGAAUCUCAAAUACAAGAAUCUGGUGGGGUGUGUGAGUAUGCAUUAUAUGUAAAGGGAUUAUUAAUGCGACGGAAUGGAAAACUAGAAGAAUCUUUUAAUCUCUUUCAAACCGCCUUAAUUAUUAAUCCACAAAACCCUAUUAAUCAAAAACAGGUUGCACAGGCAUUAAUGUUACUUGGACAACAUCGUGCCGCCAUUGAGGCUUUUCGUGAGGCUGAAAAUUUACGUCUCAUUAAAGGAAUAGGUGAAGAUUGGUCUCUCCCAUACAAUAUGGGUCUUUGCUAUAUGUAUCUUAACAAUUAUAAAGAGGCAGAGUUAUCGUUUGUAAAGUCUAUUAGUAUUCAACGACAUGAUUGUUGUGUUAUGCAAUUAGGGAAAGCACUUGUACUGCAGAAGGAUUAUGAACGGGCUGUUGGUUUAUAUGAAGAAGCUCUUCAAUCCUCUCCAGAAAAUCCAGAUCUUCUUACCGCAUUAGGUCUUUUAUAUCUUCAAUUAGGAAAAACCGCAAAAGCCUUUAACUCUGUGGCCAAAUGUCUCACUUUAAAUUCCUCUAAUCCCACCGCUAUUAUGGCGGCGGCGGGUAUUAUGCAGGAGAAUGGAGACUUUAGUGUGGCUUUACAUAAAUACCGAGUGGCGGUUCCCCGACUUUCUCACUCGGCACGUUUGUGGAGUAAUAUUGGUAUGUGUUUCUUUGGUCAACAGAAUAUGCAUGCGGCUGUGGCGUGUUUACGUAAAGCCGUUGCACUUGCACCGUUUGAAUGGCGAAUUUCAUAUAAUAUGGGACUUGUCUUUUUACACUUACGACAACUUGCCUCGUCAUUUCAUUAUCUUGCUGCUACUACACAUCUACAGCCACACUAUGCUCCAGCCUUUAUGCAUCUUGCGGUGUGUCUGGCGUUAAUGAAUGAUACUGUAAAUGCCUAUGCUGCUUAUAAACGUGCACUUGCGAUGGAUCAGGAUCCACUUAUUUUAUUAAAUUACAGUAUUACAUUGGUAAAUGCGGGUGAUAUGGAGGAGGCACGAAUACAAAUGGAAAAGUUUAUGCGUAUAUGGGCAUCUAAAAAUAAGAAUGAACGGGUGGAAUGGGGACCAUUGUUUUUAAGAACAGUGAAUCUACUCAAUGUGCGUCUCUCUCUAGGGACUGGGUUGGAGAAUUUAAACAAUAUAUGCGAAAAGAAGAAUAAUACUGCUGAUGGUGGUAAUAAUAAUAAUAAUAAUAAGGAGUUUAGUACGACCAGCAGUAGUGGUAGUAGUACGCACAAGGAUAAGGACAGUGGGAAUGGUAUAGAGGUGGAGACUAAAGGAGUGGCAUCAGAUGAAGUAAAAAAUAAUGACAAUUGA